UAGCAUACGGUUGGCCGAAUGAUCCGGCAUACACGCGUCGCCACAUAACUAGCCGCCUUGCGUGUAGAUUCCUUCCUCGACGCAGGUCCCAUUUUAACAGUCAAAAUGGAGCAAUCAGAACUGCCGAACAUUUACGUUGGAGGGCUGAAUUUUGAGACAAAUAAAGAGACGCUGGAGAACCACUUCUCCCAGUUUGGCAAAGUCAAGUCGGCAGUGAUCAUCAAAGACAUGGGCUCAGGCAGGAGUAAAGGCUACGGCUUUGUCAACUACUUCACUGUGCAGGACAGGAACAACGCCCUGGCAGUGCCAUGCCAUGAACUGGAUGGGCGCGCGUUGACUUGUUCCGUCGCCAAAGAAAGCAACAAGACCAGAGCGGCUGGAUUUGGCGGCAACUUUGGCGGGAUGGGCAGCGGUAUGGGCGGCAUGGGAGGGAGCAUGGGCGGCACUAUGGGAGGGGGAGGGGGAAUGUACGGAGGGGGUAGCUCCUUCAACAAAGGGGAUGACGACAGGAAGGUUUUUGUGGGAGGCCUACACACUGACACAGAGCCAGAGGACAUUGAAGCAACCUUGGGAAGCUUUGGAAAGGUCAUUAACACAAACAUCAAGAAGGAUAGAGACACCGGUCGCUCACGAGGUUUCGCCUUUGUUACAUUUGACUCGGCAGUGAGCGCGAAGAAGGCCAUGGAUGCUCAUUUUGUCGAGAUUCGUGACAAACAGGUGGAAGUCAAGUCCGUCAACCCCAACGCCGGCAACCAGUCCCAGAACUUUGGAAGUUAUAAUAACGGAGGCAUGUUUGGCCAAGAAGGUGGCUUCAACAGCAUGCAACAGUAUGGGUACAACCAGGGCUACGACAGCGGCUCCAACUGGCAGAACCCAGGCAACGUGUGGCAAGGCAGCGGCGACUCAUCCUGGAACAGCAGCUACAACAGCGCCGGCUACGGCAGCGGGGGCUCGGGCUCCUACGGCAGCGCCAGUGGCGGAGGCUACGGGAGCGCGGGCUCCUAUGGCAGCCAGCAGCAGCAGAUGCAGGGGCAGGGCGGGGGCUACGGCGGGCAAGGCGGCUACGGCAACUACGGUGGCCAGUCUAACAUGGGCCAGAGCGACGGUGCCAGCUGGUACUAAGAACGAGCUGCCGGCUGCCAAGUACAUGGUAUUCGACCAGGUGUAGGCAAGUUGACUGAGUAGGGAGGGAGGGAGGGAGGGGAAUAUAUCGGUGUACAGCCGCCGGGGAGAAAUAAACAAGUUGAAUGUAUGGCGAAGAUACUGAUUUGUUGGGAAGCGGAAGCAUUGUAUACUCAUGAAGUAGUUACAAGGGGUUUGGGUAGGGAAACGGGGGAAAUUGUAGACAUAGAAUGGUAGUAUAAAAUUCUUUAGAAUGUAGCGAGUGAAACUGUUUAUUAUGGGCCGUUGCGUGGAACAGUCUGGUGACAGUGAACGGAGGAAUUGGGAGGUGGCAGAGGCACAGGAAUAGGUCUGGGCACCAGACUGAUAUUUGAUUUGGCGAUAACGCAUCUGUCGCCAUUUUUUGUGUUUUUUAGUUUUGUUUUAUGGUUGUUUUGGUCAAAACUGUUCCCAGACUGUUUCACCGAGUGUACAAAGUUUUCUGAUUUAGCUCUAUAGCAGAAACCAUCACAGUGUCCAGGGGAGUCCAGGGAACUCUGUCAGUGCUGGUAACCGUUUGCAAUAAAAAAAUACUCCAUCUACACUGGAAGUUGCUCGCGGUGUGAGUGACGCUUCAGCGUGGUACGGGAACACCACAUUUCUUUGCAAUACCAUACUUGCCACUCAAUUCUCUCUCUGCCCAUGUCUGAACCUCGACGGGUGUGCCAAUUUUCCCUUUUGCUAGAGUUACUGUCAUGCCUUUGGCACAGUUCCGGGUCACGAGGCUUGCAUGGGGUGUAUCAACACUGCAAAGGCUGACUGAUGUGGGGACUGUCGCAUGUAACAUGCAUGCAGAGUCUGAAUUGCUUAAGAGAUAUGGAAUAGGAUAUUUGAAGAACAGAGGUCGUAAUCCUGCACGAGACGGUUUUCAACAGUUUAAACCGUGUAACAUUUGAAGUCAUGCCUCAGUGGUCAGUGUCCGUACGACGCCACAAAAUGGGCCGCACCGAGUGCACACAGGAAUGCAGUCCAUUUUCCAAGCCAACCGGCAUCUCCCAGCUUCCGUCUUCAUAUACCAGUGGUGGUUUCUGCCGACUCUUUUUUUCUUUCUGAGUUGUAGCCUUUUGUUUUCCUGUUAUCUCUGUCCCUGUUCAUAGGCGUUUCUUCUGAGAAUGUGUGAUCAAAGCUUUUCCGUUCAGUUGCUGUAAUCCCAUUAGAGUUUUUUUUUUUUUUAAUUUUUUUGGGUCGAUUUCCCUCUUGUGUUCCUUAUAAAAGAUGGUGUAAUCCUACGUAGCAUCAGUCCCUUGCAGAAUGGAGCCCCUCAUUAAUGCAGUCGCGUAAUACGUUUCACGUUUUUCCAACAGUGCUUAGACAUGUCUUCAUCUGGCUUGUCUGCACAUCACCGAGAGCAAAUGUUUGAAGUUAAUCUGAUUUCAAAGAUUCUUUGAUUUUUCUUUUUUAAUGUGUAAUUCUACCUAUCAUUAUAUAUGUUUUUUGGUAAAAGGCAUUCUGGAAUCUGAUUGAGGUUUUAUUGGGGUCAACAUAUAUUGACGUAAAGUAAUCAGUUUGGGUUUUUUUUGGCUGUUGUUUGUGGGUCAAAUGUUCAUGCUGUUUUUAGUUCAGGACGCAAUUGCCUAUUUAUUCUGAUUAUUUGCUUAGAACAAAAGAACACACUCAUGUUAAUUGUUGUUGCUCUUUCAAAGAUAUUCUCAGCCUUGUCGACCCAGAAAUGUUGUAAGUUCUGCUGGAAGGUUGAAUUUUUUUUCUAACUGAUCGUAAAGGUUUUCAAUUCAAAUUAAGAAAACAGAAUGGAAGAGCACAGUUGUAAAUAAAGUAAUUAAAUUGUGUUUGUUUUCAUUCGUGAUAGGUAUCCUGUUAUCAUUUGAUUUCAUUGAUUCUUGUUAUAGUUUUCAGUCGCCUCGAACAAUUUAUUCAGUGGACAUAGGGAACUAAAAACAAUUUGAGAAAAGAAAAGAAUUAUUUUUUAUCAAUUAAAAUGCCACUUUCAUUAACAUGUACAGGUACGAGUAUUUUAAUAAUUAACAGUAAGGCAUGUAAUCAAUUAUGUGUUGUUACAGAGAAAGUGCCUAAUUAUACUCAAGUGAGUCUUUGUCCUCUCCAAAAUGCACUUGUACAUUGAUUAACACUUUCAUUCAAUAAGAGAGACUUGUAAAUUGUUACCCUCGUGAAAUCCAGUCCGCAUCAAGAGACAGAAAUCUUACUUAGUGCACCAGUGCACGACAGACACAAAGGGAUUUUUUUUUUCUCACACGAGUAUAUGCAAGAGAGAUGGUUCCAGAGCUUCAUUGUUUGUGAUUUUUUUAAUGACGUUGAGAUGUUCAUCACGAAGGUUGAGCUUCAUGUUUGGGUUCAUCAUUUUUGUGCCGGGCCAGUUCUAAAUGAUAGGCUUAGCUGUUAGCAUAUUUCUGUGAGCACAGAUUGUACACUCGAUCACUUGUGUCAUGCACAGUACGUCCAUUGUCAAAGCUUAAUCACCGUGGGCACAAAGAUGUUUGACAGGGUUUUCGGUGCAACAGAAACUUGAAUUGUUGGACACAGAGCGUUUUCUCCUUCCCCCCCCUUUUUUUUACUUGUAAGUCACUCAUAAUUUUUUCCGAUGUGAUAAUUCCUUCCACUGACACCACUUGUUCAUGGUCUUUUUCAAAACACUCGUGCACUGGAUGUUGGUAACACGUGAGCCUCUAAUUUGCCUGUGGGUUUCAAGUUACUUGUAUCUGUGGAUUGUGCAACACUUUAUUAAAAAGGCUUUAUGCAUACUAGUUACUGGUAACUAGUAUUGCUACACGUCCGCAAAUAAAAUAAUUUUCUGUAACCUACUUGUAGAUAUGGACUCUAAAUUUACUGAGCUUGUGUGAACAGAUUUUUUUUAAAGAAAUGGUCUCAGGGCUUAAAGGAGAUUUCACCAUUGUUUCAGUCAUUUAUUGAUUACUUAAGAAAUCAGAGUAAAGUAGCACGGAAUAUGGGUUGAUAAAAAAGAAAUUUACCCACAGCAAGAUUCUCCUGAUAUGCGUUCAUCUGAUAGAGCAAACUAAGAAGACAAGUAACUUAAAGCUUACACUCAGCUAGCCUGACACUUUGCAGAAUGGUACGAAGCAUUUGUGUAGUUUUUUCUUCAGGCAAGUGCCAGGCUGGGUUUUUUCCCAGUAAAUUGGACAUUUCUCCCAAACCACAGAAUUGUAACCAUCGUUUAGAGGGUAAUAUCUUGCACGGUUUACAUGCCGGCAGUGUAUCGGAAGGUCUCUUUUUUUUCCUAUUUUCAAAUACAUUGAAGUCGAAGCCUUUUAUGCAUAUAGUUAACUGUUAUUCAAAGUAAACCAUCUAUUCCAGUAAUGCCUCUUUUGUAUGUUAUCAGUGAAUGAAUGUGAUUGUGGAAGCUGUUUUACCAGCUACAGGUAUUUUAUGCAGUUAGUGCCAAUUUUUUUUUUUUUUUUUUGGUUGAAUUAGUCAUGGAAUUUUCUCAGUGGAAUUUGUUGUGCAUACUUCUUUGGGAAUGGGAGCUCACUUUUCAGAAGAGAAAACAGUUUGGCUUCAGUGUUGUUUCCAUGGUAACAUAGUUUGAUUUUGCUUUUGUGCCAUGUGCAUGAAGGCAGUCGGCAUUGUACCAUUUCAGAGAACAGUUGAAGCUCAGUGUGGGUGUAUUGUAUUCCACAGGCCUGCCGAUCAUGAUGCCCGGGAAGUCAACCGGGAAUGGGUUUAACACGGAAACAAUCCUGGGGCUGCAGUUCACAUUUAAAGUGCUGUUUGGAUGAACAAACCGAGGGUUUUAAGACACCACAAUGAAAUCUGUCCACAUAGUACAAUGUUGACUGAGUACAGCUAAAUCUUUAUGUAUUGGAUAGCAAUUUUUUUUUGGUCUUAAUUCAAAGUACCUAGUUCGUGUUGUAUACUCUAAAUGUAAAUGCCCCACAGCAGUCAAACUGUUCACUCUGCAGAUUUCUGGAUUGUAUUAUUGGAUUGCUUAAACCAUUUGCUAUGUUUUGAUCUUGAUAUCGUGGACUCAUUCACACAAAGUGGAAAUCAGUUUGUACAUGUUUAGAGUAAAGCGGAAUUUUGGUUUUAUCAGAAUCCUUGGGUAUACAACAUUCACACUUUCAAUUGCAACUUGUUACUAAUUUACUAUGGCAGGGUGUUGUGCAUUUCUUGAGAUUCUUUCAUACUAGAUAUUUGGCACAGUUUUCAGAGAGCAUUUCCUUUACAGUUCUUGUCAUAUGACAUCCUGUCUAUGUCAGUCAGUGGGUCGUCAUGUACAGUUGCUGCACUGAGGAGUGAUUCAUUGUGUGCAGGAAGUGUUCGAACUGUUUGCCUGAUUUGAAACUGUUUCAUAUGUCAAAACUAUUCCAUCCUUCACCUUGUGGUACGCAUGUCAAAACUAUCCCAUCCGUGUUGCAUGUCUGCACUAUUCCAUCUUGUCACCUUUGUGGUGGGUGUGUCAAAAGUAUCCCAUCCGUCACAUUGUCAUGGACAUGUGAAAACUACCCCAUCCGUCACUUUGUGGUAAGCUUGUCAAAACUAUCCCCUCUGUCACUUUCUGAUGGGCAUGUCAUAACCAUCCCAUCCGUCACUUUGUGGUAUGUCAAAACCAUCCUAUCUGCCACUUUGCAGCAGUUAUAUCAGAAUCAUCCCCACAGCUAAUUCAAUGUACAUCUCGCUGAUUUUGAAAUGCCACUCUGCGGUUGCUUUGGGUCACCUAUGCCAGUAGGGUGAAACCUCUGCUUGCUCCUACUUCACCCAUAAUGGAUUAAAAAAUAGUCUGUGACCCUUCUAGAUGACCUUAGACUCCCAACAAGGCGAGUUGUUACAAAUUUAUUGGCCAGAUGGUGCUGGGGUGACAUGAGUCAUGUUAAAUGUCAAAAUCAGUAACAGCAAUGAGCUUGGCUCGACUUUAAUACAUGUAAUGGCAUUUAAUGAAAACGGAAAAAGGUUUAAUAUUGUUUCAUGUAAUGUCAUUUUUAUGCAUAUUUUUGUCGAUUUAAGAGUUUACUAAAAUAAAAAGUAUUUGGUAUUACGCGAGAAUGUGACAUGAAAGACAUGUGGAUGUUGUAGUUGUAUGUGUGUGUGUGAGAGAGAUGCGUGAGGAUGUGUGUUGACUAGCAACUGAGGCAUGAGGGAUGGAUUUCAUGAAAACUAACAAGUUUUAUAAGGUUAUAUUUGAAAGCGUAAUGAAAACUAUAACAUGUACAGCGGACUUCACAUCUGCGCCCCCCCAGUUUACAGUUUUAAUGUUACAUUAAGUAAUGUUUAUUCAAAUGUAUAGCAAUUUAAGAACAUAUUUUUGUUUUCAUUGAGAAAAGAAGUCUUCCUGUGUAAUUUUGUGAUACCUCAAAGUGAGGGGGGACUUGUUGUCUUAAGAGGUUUUUCCUGGGCGCGGAUGUGAAGUCCAACAACUUUUAUUUUGGUUCACUUAUGAGAGAGAAGGGGGAAGAUGAAAUUUACCGAGUUGCAUAUGAUGUCAAAUUGACAUGAACUAUUGAAUUUUGCCGUUUAUUAUUAGUUUAAUAUCAUGAUUCCAGUUACAUGUAAUAAGCAGAGGAGCAGAAACCUUUCACUUUGCCCUUUUAUAUUGUCAAUUCUCAGUUACAAAUGCCAAAAAGAGGAGAGAAUUUGCAGCUUUCCUGACUCAGACAGGGGAAGUAGGGUUUGACAAGAGUUGUUCAUGGUUUAAUAGAGAUGUCCUUUUUUCCCUAGAAUGUCUUAUUUUCUAUAAUGUUCCAAUUAUUAAUGCCUUUAGUGUUUGUUCAAGCUUGUAAUAAAUUGUCACACUUAGGUGAUCUUUCUUCAUUAUUCUGCA